AUGCCUUCUCUUACUUCCCUCUUGAAGCAUCGAAACGAAAGUCAAAAUGACAACCGCAUGAGCUUGAGUUUGAGCGUGACGCCGGAGAAGGUACAAAGCAGAAAGCGCAACUUCCUCCGCAACCUUCUCAAAAUUUCUAGCUUCUCUCGAGAUAAGCCGGGGAAAGAGCAGACUCUGACAGUUCCAACCCCAACUUCCCCAAAUACACCCGCAAGUCCCAUGUCGAAUCACAACAAACCUCUUCCGCCGCCACCGCCUUCAAUCAAGGAGUCUGCAUCCACUGCAGCAAUACUUUCGAGGCCUUCUAAGAAGCUCGAUAGGAUAAUAUCACCUCUCACUGAUCAAGAGCUACACGAGCUAUUCUCCGGGGCUCCUCAGUUCUAUGCACGGUCUGAAGGGCACCAUGCUGGUGCACCGCAUCCUUUAGUGGCUUUCCCUUGGGAUUCGAGUGUGCAGAUACGAGAUUUAUCUGAUCAUGUGCAAAUACAAGAAGAAGCAUGGGGGUGUGCCACAGCGUGGCCGCAUAUUACAAGAGAAACUCCGAUAAGCUUGGAACGUGUGAAGGAUACUGGAAAACGGCGUGCCUAUUUUAUGCCACGAUAUCGCGAACGACCGAACAUGCUCAGUAUGCAAGGUAUUGAAAGAGGAACUGUUGGAUAUCAAGCGGCUUUGGAGCUAGGUGUAGCGGAUGCGCUACAAGAACUCGAAGAGACAUUGCCCGAUUCUGGUCCCUAUUCACUCUUCGAUCGGCGUAGGAAAUUCUUGAAUGGCAAGCAUGGAAUAAGACCUCUCGAUAAGUCUGCGGUUUACGAACACCUCACGAAUAUUGGUGUAUCAUAUAAUGAAGAUCAGAUGCAUAGGCGGCCCACAGUGGAGUUAUAUUCGGAGUUGUUCACACAGAUCUUGUUUCCUCCUUCGAGGGUUACCGAUGCAGAUGAUCCUUAUAGCUUGCAGGUCCAAAUUGAGGUCCUCGUGAAGGUUCUCGCGGAGCCUUAUAUUUGGGUCGAUUUUAGCUUUGUUGAGUGGAGAAUUCGUCUUGGGCAGAUGCUAUGGGGACAACCGCUCGAGACCGAUCUGGCGGAUGAUAUCUCUACCAAUAGUGAGACUGCGCAUGAUUCUGGAGACCAGAAAUAUUGGCUGUUACUGCAAAUACUGCUUUCGUGUGAAUUGUUAGUGCGACUCGAUACGGUGUCUCAGAAUAUUGAUAACGGCCUAGAGCCCGCCAGACCUGCUGAUGUCAAGAAGCUCGAAAAGAGUAUGACGCCUAGUGUUAAAUGGUCACUUAUCUUAGCGCGAUCCUGGCUCGAGAAUAUCCGCAUUGAACAGAGUGUGUCCGAAGUUAUUCCAGAGAGGAAACCUUCUGGGUGGCUGGCAACUUUGACUGGUGCAUCAACUUCUAUGGCGGACAACGCACGAAACAAAAGUGUUCAGACAUAUCAGUUCCGAGGCCGACAUGAAGUUCGACAAUUAGCCGGGCUAAUACACUUUGCUCGGAAGUUGAGCUGGCCUCAUCUAGAUAAACUGACCGCAAAGGUAUCAGCUAAUGAUGUAGUAAUGACUGAUAGUUCCCAGAAUACCACUGCUUCUGGAACCCCGAUGUCAGUUUCUACCCAAAAAUCCUCCUACUUUAUGAGCCAACGGCCUAUGGAACUCCGACGAGGCUCAUCAAGAUCAGAAAUAAUGUCUGCGCUGAUAAAUUCCUCGGGCUGGCUGUCAAACUCUUACAUCAGUGGCUUGAUGUUACCUGGUGAAGGGCUAGGCCAUUUUUUGAUCUCGACAUUACUCGAAAAUGAUGAUGCUGCAGUCGCGAAACUGGGAGAUGAGGCUAACUUGUACGGCGGUUUUGUUUUCAUCGAAAGAAGCUUUUGGAGCACGGCUUGUAUAAUUGGUCGAGUUUUAGCCGCUGGUAUAAACUCGUCUGAGUGCAUGGGAUGGAUAUCAUCGGAUGUCAAACCUAGAGGCAUUUCUGCUGCAACCAGAGAAACUCCCAGAAUUUUGCAAAAGACUGCCAUCGAGAGAGAUGGAAGUGUCAUAGGUGGGGCGGAUCCUUCAUCAAUACUCCCAGGUGAUUUUGUUGCCGUUUAUGAUGCCCCAACCUUGAACCCCCCAUCAAUAAUUUUCGAGUCACUGGAUCUUUUUGCUGUCGACUCCGAUGAGGCGACUCCUACUGAAGAGGAGCCAGUCACACAAACAGACAUGAUUACAGCGCCAAGCAUCAAAACGUACUCUGCAAUGAUGAGAUUUCUAAUGGAUCUUGACGGGGAUGACAAAAAAGAAAUCAACGUUGCUCUCACCCAUGACGUGCAUUUUGUCGCUGCUCAUCCAUGUGUUAAACCUCACAGCAUUGAGGUCCUUAAGUCUUCCACAAGUCCAUUAUUUCAAUCGAAAGACGGUGAUGAGGGUGACCCACUUCCGAAUCCUGAUAUGGGCCACCCUCUCCACAAAGCUUUCACCUACACCAUCAUACCACUUCACCACAUCCUCAUGUCACCCGCCUCUAAAUCUCUUUCCUCUCUACUUCUAUCACCACCUCUAUCACCAAUUGAAGGUUCUUCGCCCAUCCAGUCUAGCACCCAUACUACCACGAGUAAUAUCCCAAAGGUUCUGGUAAUUGACUGUACAAAUACGGUGGUACUACCACCAUCACCUCCUGAUGAUGCGGAUAUAGAUGAAGUGGACGGUGUGAAGAGUGACAAAGAAGUUAGCAGGGAGACUCGAAGUGGAAACAAACGAGAAUUUGGCAGCGAUACAGAAAUGCUGGCAAGAGCCUUAUGUGCAGAAAGGGGGUGGAAUGCUUUGAUUAGUAGGAGAGGGAGAGGAUGUCUAGCUUGUGCGGUUAGAGAGGCGGGUGCGUUGGGAUGGAGGAUUGUGUUAAGGGUUUAG